CGCUUUAUAUUGUAUCUCACGUUCUGGAACAUCCUUAAAGCAUCACGCCUGUCGGACGCGUCACAAUGGUUUCCAAGGUUCUUGUGAAAACUGACCUGGACAACAGGUCGUACACGCAAACAUAUCAGAUUGGCGGCAAGUGUUUGAUUAAAAAAUCUUUAUACGAUGCCGAAUUCAGACGAAGCUGACAAAAAUGCUCCAGAAAGAGCGAAGAGCACCACCAGCCGGCAGAUGACGGUACUGGAGUCGCAUGGCUUCCUCCUGGGUCCCACGCUGGGUCACGGUUCGUACGCAGCGGUCAAGGCCGCCUACUCCAACAGACAUAAGUGCAAGGUAGCGAUCAAGAUCGUCUCCAAGAAACGAGCUCCUAACGACUACAUCCAGAAGUUCUUACCCAGGGAGAUCGACGUCAUCAAGAUUUUGAAACAUCGCAGCCUGAUCUGUUUCCUACAGUCCAUCGAGACGACAAGUCGCGUCUACCUGGUGAUGGAGGUAGCGGACAACGGUGAUCUCUUGGACCGCAUCAAAUCCAAAUCCUUCAUCCCUGAACCCCAGGCCGGCGUCUGGUUCCACCAACUCUUAGACGGGAUAGACUACUGCCACCGCAAGGGCGUGGCUCAUCGGGAUCUCAAAUGCGAGAACAUCCUCCUCGACGCUAAGGACCACAUCAAGAUCACGGACUUCGGCUUCGCCAGGGGAGACCUGGAGGCCGUGGACGGUCGGGCGAAGCUGAGUGAGACGUACUGCGGGAGCUACGCGUACGCACCGCCGGAGAUCCUGAAGGGCGUGCCGUACGAUCCGUUCGUCGCUGACAUCUGGAGCAUGGGCGUGGUCCUGUUCACUAUGAUGUACGGGAGACUGCCAUACGACGACUCCAACCACAGAACUCUCCUACAUCAGGUCCAAAAUCCAGUCGUCUUUCCCAACGCGAAACACACCGUGUCGGAAGACUGCAAAACGAUGAUCAACAAGAUCCUGACCAACGCCAAACGUCGCCUGUACAUUGACGGGAUCCGCAGAACAGGCUGGUGCCGCAGGGUGGCGCCCGUGCACCAAAACACCCGCAGAGCCAGCAAAGCAGAAAGUGGCAAAGGAGGGACAAAAGAAGCAGUCAAAGUGUAGUAGAUACUGCUGAACAAAAUAAAACUGGAUCAAAGAUGGAAAGAGCAUUUGCUAAAACAUCAAAUAAAAGAUCAAUAAACUAUUUCAGACA